AUAAAGAUUUAGAGAUCGCGAGAACUUGCCCAGUUUGAACGAUUCGUCACGGAUCGGAUUGAAGUGAGAGAAAUCUCCCUCCUGUCCGUUUGUUUCCUCCAUAUAUAUCCUAAAUAUUUCAAUUGGCCAUUUAUUCCGAAUACUUUCUAUUUAAACUUUCAAAUUUACAUAAAUGCGACGAGAAUCCUCUGUCAACUACACCGUCUUCAACCACUGAAACAUUACACAUGGUUUCACCUUUCACAGCUUCUUCUUCUUCUUCGUCAUUUUCUUCAUUCUUCUACUCGUCAACUACGUCUUCCACCUCUCUUACAUUUUGUUUCUGAUUCAUUCAACGUCGUCAUCGGUUUUAUAAAUGGUGUUGCGUCUUUGCCGCUUCUUGAUGCCAUCAUCAUCGGCUGGACGUUGCGCAAAACUUUUUCUCCUUCUCUUAUCCGUUAAUUCAAUCUUGAUUGGUCUUGUCGCUAGUCAGCUGCCCGAUGAACUUGAUCCGUUCCUUGAAAAACUUUUCGACACUUCAGAGUGCGAAGAUUUUGUCACCUCGUCCGACUAUACCAACAUUGCAACUUCGAAAUGUGACCCACAUACAUGUGAUUUUCCAAGACAAAUCUGUGCGAGACCUGCUGCUAAGUUUCAGGAUUCCUCUGCAAAUAUAUGUAGAACAAUUCCAUUAGAGUGUCUAACUGCUGCAAAUGGUGGUGUUGCUCCUGGACCAUCAAUCCGUCCUCCAGCUCCAUCUCCAUUUAUUCCACAACCUUCUCUUCCAAAUAUUAUUUCUUCAAUGCUACCUGCACCUUCAGGCGGAGUUUCAGCUACACCAUCACCAUCAACUGAUCCUUUGGCAAUAUGCAAAAUGGGAGUUCCAAACGGACGGUUUUGCGGUUUUCGGCCAAUGUUCACAUAUAAUAGGGAGACCCUUCAAUGUGACGAAUUUUGGUUCCCCGGGUGUAGAACGGCUGAGACAAACGCGAAUCUUUUUGAGGAUUAUCAGCAGUGUCAAAAAAUUGCUGAUUUGUGUAAACCAACUCCAGCACCAACUCUUGCUCCAUUCCGACCACGUCCAACAACUCGCCGGUUACCUCCACCAACAACACCACCACCACCUCCUCCGCCUCCAGCUCCAUCUCCAUUCGUAGAUGCAUUUAAGUCAUUUGGUGGGAAUAAUCAAGCUGGUCAAGGUGCACUUGGAGCACUAGGAAUGUUUACUGGAAGUGGAUUGGGCCCAACUGGUCAAGGACCACUUGGAAAUUUCUCUCCGAAUCCGAAUGCUGGAGCUGCACCUAAUCCAGGCCCGGCUGCAGGGGCUGGAGGUCCAGACGGUCAAGAUCUUGGACUAUUUGGAUUGAUUCAACAAGGAAUAAUGGGUGCUCAAGCUGCCGGACAAGGCAAAGGAGGAAAGGAAGCAGCAUCAAAAGCAGCUGGACAAAUUCUCCAACAAUUCACUGGAUUUGAUUUAGGAGGAAUUGGAAAUAAUUUCGGAGGACUUUUUGGAAGAUAAUUCAUUACUCAGUGAAAAACUAAGAUGACAAAACCUUGAUCGAAGAUAAUAACGGGUGAAUAUUUGUAAUGUAUCUUGGUGUGACAUUGAUUUCUUUAACUGCUAAUAAUUUUCAACCAAGUAAUUAUUUUAUAUUCGGAAUAAAAUCCUUUUUUU